ACAGACCCGCCGCUUCCGACCUUCUUAUCUCGCAAGAAAUGGGCGGACCUAACGCGCAAGCGCAAUAAAACCCCUGCAAAAACCCGCCACUCUCAGAUCCGCACAGCGACGCCGCCAGCCAGACCCGAUCCCCUCCCUCGCUAGGGUUUUCGUCCCCGCGCCGCCGCGCUCCCGGAUCCCACCGAAACAACCAUGGCCGGCGGUCCCGCGGCGGUGUCGUUCCUGACCAACAUCGCGAAGGUGGCUGCGGGGCUCGGAGCCGCGGCCUCGCUCGCCUCCGCGUCGCUCUACACCGUCGACGGCGGCGAGCGCGCCGUCAUCUUCGACCGUUUCCGCGGGGUGCUCCCGGAGACCGUCGGCGAGGGCACCCAUUUCCUCGUGCCCUGGCUGCAGAAGCCCUUCAUCUUCGACAUCCGCACGCGCCCGCACAACUUCUCCUCCAACUCGGGGACCAAGGACCUGCAGAUGGUCAACCUCACGCUCCGUCUCCUCUCCCGCCCCGACGUCCAGCACCUCCCCACCAUCUUCACCUCCCUCGGACUCGAGUACGACGACAAAGUGCUCCCCUCCAUCGGCAACGAGGUGCUCAAGGCCGUCGUCGCCCAGUUCAAUGCCGACCAGCUCCUCACCGACCGCCCCCACGUCUCCGCCCUCGUCCGCGACGCUCUCAUCCGCCGCGCCCGCGAGUUCAACAUCAUCCUCGACGACGUCGCCAUCACCCACCUCUCCUAUGGUAUCGAGUUCUCGCUGGCCGUUGAGAAGAAGCAGGUCGCGCAGCAGGAGGCCGAGCGCUCCAAGUUCCUCGUCGCCAAGGCGGAGCAGGAGAGGCGGGCGGCCAUCGUGCGCGCUGAGGGAGAGAGCGAGUCCGCGCGCCUCAUCUCUGAGGCCACGGCGAUGGCUGGGACAGGGCUGAUCGAGCUCAGGAGGAUCGAGGCGGCCAAGGAGAUUGCCGCAGAGCUGGCUCGCUCACCGAAUGUGGCAUACAUUCCUUCUGGGGAAAACGGAAAGAUGCUGCUUGGUCUCAAUGCUACUGGAUUUGGCCGGUGAUUCACUGUUUUUUUAGUCUGCUUGUGCUAUGUGCUGAUGCAUGACUAAAACGGAGGUUCGAACUUUGAAGGACAGUGAUAUCUGCUAUCCUUGCUUAUGUUAAGUUUUCCUUGUCUUGGAACUAAAUGUGUCUGUUGUGCUCCAAAUAAGUUUUGGUUUUUGACUGCAUAUUUGCAAUUGGUAGGGUUAAUGCGACAUUGUGUUAAGCCUGCAUAGUGCAUUCUAAUUUUCCCUUACAUUGCAUUCUCAUGUUAAAAUUCAUUGAUAUCUAACAUUGCU